UUUUUUGUAUAGGUGGGUCGCGGUCCCGAAAAGUUUGGGAAACACUGCGGUAGACCAUUCCUAAGGUGGCUAAUCUGAGCGAUGUUGCCACGAUACAAAACCAGAAAAAAAUUUAACCCUUAUUAGUUUUUUUUUUAUGUUAAGUGUUUUAAGUGUUUGUACUUCCCUUGGGCUAGGAACUUCAAUGGGUUCCCCUCGUAAUUUUAUUAAAUUUAAAUAAGAUCAUAGAGACAUAGAAAAUAAGGAUAAUUUGCAAAGUUAUCAAAACUGAUUUUGUGAAAAGGCUGAUAUUUAUGAAAGUAUGGAGUAUUAUCGUUUCAAAAACAACAAACACCAAAAUGGCUGUGGAUCCUGAGCAUUUGAUAACACAUUAAAGUGCUAAUUAUAAUGACAAUAUGACAAAAUAAAUAGUCUCGGGUUUUAAAAUCAAGGUUUUAAUGAGAGCAAUAAAAGAAUAGAUGCCAAAAACAUUAUCUCACUGCUAUAAAUAAAUCAUCUUUUGACUUUCUGAACGAUAACCUGUUAGGUAUACACCUGCAGGUUAUACGAAUGGAUCCUGUCCACUGACAUUGAUAUGAGGAGUUAACAGCGAUACACUGAUUACAAAAUUGCAACCAAAAAUGUCCCUAUCUCCAAAAUCAAGUAAAACCCAAUGUUAUGGCGGGACGAACUUAAAAACUGCGAAGAACAGCAAAUUAUUAUUAAUUUAUAUUUUAUAAACGUAUAUUAACAUAUUAACAUAUACAUAUAAAAUAUUAUUGUCGUCAGCCUAUACUGAUAACCGCAAAAUAAUAGCCUCCAUUCAUAACAGAACAGAUAGCGCUCACGACCCGAAAUGGGGUUUUAAAUGUUUUCUUUUCUACUCUUAGAUGCUUAGAUUUUAAUUAGCAUUAUCAAAUAAAGUAAUAAAACAGCAAGAAAAUAAUGUUAAUCAUUAUAUAAUAUUUGUGUUCGGUUAUUGUUCGUUCAAACCUCUGUACGAUUUCGUCAAGGAGAAAAUAGCUCGCAGCUGGAUCGGUAUUUAUGGGUUAACUUAGAUAAGGUUCGUUUAUUGAUAUCGGUCAAACACAGGACGAUUUCGGCCUGCAUCCAUAUGUUCUGACCUAUCACGUCACGUCUUCACACCAUCUUCAUUCCUAUCUGUAGGAAUUUAUUCUCUAAGAUAUCUGUGUCCUAAUGGUAUUGUUUUUACAGGCUAAGCAAUGGAACAAAUAAUUGUUAUCUAGAAUAUACCUAAGUAAAUAUCCUUUAACCCAGAAGCAUCUAUAUAAAGCCUAAGUUUUACUCAAUAAAAUUAGUACGAAAAGAACUCUUGGCGUAUUCACUUCUCCGGAGCCCAAUUUGUAUUGUAUCUACUUCUUGCGGCGACUUCUGCCACUGGUAUUGUACUUGCGGCACACAUCAAAAACAUAAUUCUAUAUUUCAGCAUUCGAAAUCCAUUUGAAUUCAUACAACCUCAAUGUUCCGUUCAGAAGGUACAGCCUGUACUUUUGUGCACUAUCCGAACACUAUCCGUAUGAACAACAUCCAUAAAUAAAAUUUAUGACACUGAAGCGUGGCUGGACCUGUAAAAUAUUUCUCCUUUCAACGUUUCUCCUUAUCUUUUAAAUAUGUCCUUUUUUACCUGGUUGACCUUCUUUUUCUAAAACCCAGAAAACCUUGUCAUUAAGAACAGAAUCGUCCUGCUUGAUGUAGAAGUUUAAAAUGUUUAAAAAUUAAAAAAAUUUAAAAUGUUUAAAAAUUAAAAAAAUGAUCAAUGCCUUAUCGCAAAUUUAAAUAGUCACAAUCGCAAAAUGGUCGUCUGCUUAAAAAAGGUGUUAUUGUGCAAAAAAAGAGGCUCCUUAUCUCUAGCCUGGGAAUCGAUUCUAAACCGCCCAUCAACCGAAUACCAAGCAUCUCGAACCUAAAAUAAUGCGGUGAAAUAGUCAGUUCUCUGCGAGUCGUCGAAGCGUGCAGUCGUUCGGAGUUUAUAUUUCUCGUUGGCUUCAGUUCGGAAUUCAGUUCAUUCGCAAUGCCUCUGGAGAACGACAGUGAUGUGGAGAUCAUUGAGACAGAUCAGGCUCCCAUCGAUCAGAAUCGGUAUCAUCGCCAUUUCCCUAUGGAGCCCUUUAAGUGUUCCGCCGGUUUCCAAGUCCCGUGUGGCCUGCUUUCGCCACCGCUUUCGCCCAACGAAGAUCCCUGGCCAUUCGCGGACCCGAAUUCGAAUGAAAUGCCCCUGCUCAAGGAGCUCCUGGCCCGCAAUGGAGCGGCAAAUGUGCCGCCGGGAUUCGUGCUCUGCAUUCCAUGCUACCUGUGCCAGCAGCCCUUCAACGACAUCGAAACCUUCAAGGAGCACCUCACGCAGCACGCGGCCGAGAUCCACGCCUGGAACACGCGUGCGCGGGUGCAGGAGCCGUCGCCGAUGUUCAAGCCCCUGGUUCAGCAUCAGCCGCUUGCCCUGCCCAUGACCGUUCCCAUGCAGUUCACCACCCAGCCGCCGUUGGGUCUGUACUCGCCUCCCGUUCAACAGAGCAUACCGCAUCCAAUGCAGUUUCCCAUGCCGCCGCUCCAGCGACAGCCACCCGUCCCGCCUCCAGUGCACUAUUCCCUCCAACACUCGCUUUGCGAACUGCCGGCACAGCCAGCUCUGGGCUUCCCAGGACCCAGACCCGGACCCGUUCAACUCCCAAUGCAGCAACCCAUGACACCGCAAUCCCCGCUCGAGUUUCCCGGUUUCCCCGUGGUCAACUCGCUUCCUGAAAAGCAUCGGCCCCAGCUACCGAUUCAAGUGCUGGAGCAGAGGUUCUCCGCGCCAGUGAGGAGCUCCGCGGCAAUGCAGGAGCCAGUGGUUCAAGUGAAACCGCGACCCUUGUCGCCGGAGCCAGUCCAACCGCGAUCCCGCUCUCCGGUGCCGGUGCCGGUGCUGGCGAAGCCGAAGCCCUCCUCGCACGGACUCUUCGAGUGCGACUGGUGCGGAAAGCGGCUGAGCUCGCGACAGUCUCUGAAGUACCACGAGAGCCACUUCCACUCGGACGACGAGCUGCCCUCGGACCGGAGUGGCCGGAAUGUGCAGAAGCAGCACAAGUGCGCCACCUGCAAGAAGCGCUACAAGCGGCGCACCUUCCUUCUGAUGCACAUGAAGGUCAAGCACGGGGUCACGGGAUCGAGCGCAGGCAGGUCGCUUCCCGCUCGGGAGUGCGCAAAGGGUGCCGAUGCACCAUCGAAGUCCCCGGAGGCUGCCGUCUCCCCAGUCUCCCCGAGCGGGGAAUUAAAGCGGGAGAUCUGGAGCACACGGGUCUCCAAUGCAGUGGCGGCAGCCAAUUACAGACCGGCCACCGAACGGGCGGACAAGUAUCUCAGUGCUCCGCAGCUGGAAUCGGGAUUCGCGGUGAAGCCGAAGCGGACGUACCCGAUGCGGUCGCCGUUCUUCAAUCCCGACUUGUGGCUCGACUGCGACGCAAACCUCUAGGGAGCUCUGGACCGGAUCGGAGGAGAGUCAAUAUCCUGUUCUAACUAUUUUAGCUCAUCGGAGACGAUAAAGCCACCGAGCGGAUAUCAGCCGAGCUGGCCGACCGAUUACUUAAGACUCGAAAACCACUUCAUAUUAUGGAGCGUCCAAAGUAUGUACAAUGUACAGCGCACAUAUAGAAUUUCACGAACAAUAUCGCUCGCGUUAGCGAUAUUUUCUGCCGUCUCAGCACUUUGGAGCUCGACAUCGAGUCCCAAAGGGAUAGCUUUAAUAAUGAUUACGCCGCAAAAACAAAAUAAAUUCGCUGAGCUCGGCAAAGAAAUUUGAGAAUUCAUAAGCAAAAGUAAGACCGUUGGUCUUGUGUGUCUUAAAAAAGAACAAAUAAAUAAAGAGCUGUGUGUAAACAACCAA